UUUUUACUUUGCAUACUACCGUUAACCGUGACCUCAAAUGCUAGUUCAACUCUCUUUAUAGGUAAUGGCUACCAACUUCUUCGCUCAACACCCAGAGCCAGCCUGGCGCGUCAAGACCCGGCCGUGCGAGUUCCACCUUAAGGGUCAUUGUAUAUUUGGUGAAGACAGAUGCAAUUUCCUCCAUGCCAAUCCAGCAGGUUCCCCUGAUUACGACUCGAUAACAACAUCGACACCGAUGCAACCCAUUCGCCAGUCUAGGACACACCAUCACCACGACUACAAUGCUCUCAAGGACGACAUUCUGGGUGAACUACGGCAAAGAAACAACCCACUUAGUCCUACAAAACCUUCGCCUGCUCUCCAUGGUACAGGAACCUGUUCCCCAUCACGUUCGCCACGUAGAGCCAGCUUGUUGCUUGCUUUGAAGGAUAUUAUCGGCGACGAUGGAAUGAACGAAGUUGGACAGGAAGGAAGUAGUAUUCAGGAAAGGCGCAACUCUGGCAUGAAUCAAGAAUCGUCUACAACAGCUGCUGCGACCGUUCGAGCACCCCCAAUCGACAUAUCCUUCACAGCUUCCAAUCAUUCACCCCUAAUCACCCCUGACCAGAUCGAAGAAGACGAUACCAUGAAUCUUUUUGAAUUAAGGCGUUCUUCACAUACCUCUCAUAUUUCCACUCUAUCUGCUCUUUCUUCUUCACUCGGUCUCUCCCAAUUCCCAAUUCCACCCUCAUAUCACACAUUCUCCAAAGACGAUGGAGACGAAGCCUCGGUUCUCAACGAUUCAGGCUUCUACGAUACCAGUAAACCGUGGAAGCCUUCACCUCCCCUCAGCCCACCUCCACAUACUGCUACCCGAUCCAAAUUUGGCCUGUUACACUCGCCAUUUGGCAGCCCAUCAUCAAGGCUCAAUACCAUGUCCCGUUCAGGCCUCAUGUCACCUCGUCUGGUCUCACCCACGGGAGGAAUGUUCGUUCCUCGCAUGCACUUUCAUGACCCUGCACUCCACGGAAACUCGGAUAUCGGUACAGUCGGGCAAAUGGCUGGCUAUGGCGCCGAAUUGGAGGCUCAGCACGGUAAUGACUCGGAUGAAAGUGCCGAAUCACUCGAUUCGCCUACCGUUUAUAACCGAAAACGUGAAUUGGAGGAGAGACGAAAGCAAAUGGAGGAGAAAGAACUCGAAACGAGGAGAGGCGGGGAAGUUGGGAACAGGGCUGGGUCGAACCUUGAAGAAUGGAGCAUGCGGGACAUGAAAAUUCUCCGACGCCCUUCGUCGUCCUCUCGUAGUCUCCGUGUUCAGACUGAUGGAUCUGAAGUAGACCAUCGGAUCGAAGAUGUCGACCCGUCAACACCACGCUCGGUCUUUGAGGAUGACGAGGAUGACGAUUAUAUCGUAAACGAAGACGAUUCAGUAUUCGAAGAGGAAGAUAGUAUUGAGCAGGAAGAGGAAGCAGCCUCCUCAGGUCACACUUCUCUCUGGGAUGAUUCGCAGCGCAAUCACGAUACGAUUGUCUUUUUGGGCCAGCGCACGAAAAUUGAAUCUACCAAGUCGAACCUGGAGUUUGUUGAGGAAGAUAUGCAAGGUUGUUCUUCCUUCGCUGAUGAUCAAGAUGAUAUCGAUGAAGACUAUGAAGAGACGGCUCGCCUUGCGUAUGUUGUCGAUCGAGAAGAUGACACCCUUCAUUCUCUCUACGACGUGUACUCUGAUAUUGGGUCUGAGGCCGGAGAUGAUCCUAUGGACGACAUUGAACCGGUUCUUGAUGAUCCUGAUAGACCCUACACUCCAGCUGGAAUCUCUCUCCCCUCGCCGACACACUCUGAGGUCCACGCCUACGCACUAUUGGAUCUAUUCGAACGAAGUAAGAAAGAAGAGCACCGCAUUUCACCCGCUGAUGCUUGGGCUUAUGAACCCAACGAGUCUUUCAGCUCCAAUUCGAGCUCCGAUGCAGCCAAAGAUCUAUCCAGGGUGCUUGUUGACGGUAUCAAGAAUAUCUCUAAAGAAGUGGAGCCAGAACGUGUGUUCUCUCCGGUUAGUCUUCCUUUUCUCAGAGAGCGUGUCUUUACCCCGCCUCCGCCUCCAACACCACCAAUACCGUUCAAAGAGAAGAUUCCCCCACCACCUGUCAAAACCCAACCUCAACCUCAACAACAACAUCGAACCCCUCCUCAAUCAUCUACAUCCAAAACACGCCCACAGACUCCACGUUCCGCGCCCGCUGCGACAGCGGUGUACGAAAAGGAUAAGAGAAGAACCAGUACAAUGAUUGACCCUGAUAUGUCCAUGCCUCCCAAGGUACAUCAACAGGAAGCGGAAGAUGGGAGUGAUGGUUCAAACGAAAACCUCGGAGAUCUCGAUCCACCUGAGGAGAUGGAUAAGCAGGAAGAGAAGGGUGAAAAUGAGGUGCUGAGGAGGGGGUUGAGACCUCUCAGAUUGUCGAAUCUGCUUCUGUCGGAAAAUGCUAGCGUCGAGUCUCCUAUCCUGACUUCAUCUGGGGCGGUUUUUGGUUACUCUGAUCGUGCCGGCUCCCAUCUCUCAACUACUGCUGUCAAAUCAUAUUUAGAUUCUGCGACAUAUAACUUAUCUAAUCCUGCACAUAUCAACGCUACUUACGACGACAACAACGAACAGGCUAACGUCAUCUCACGUCCCUCUAAUGGUCUAUCAUCCUAUAGGAACCAAACAUCUUCAUCUGUAUUACCAUCCGCACCUACAUUUGCAUCGUCGCCAACUGCUAUCUUGAACUCGGACCCUCAAUCUCUUUCGGUAUUUAAUGCUCCUGCGUCUUCGGCUUCAUCGCUAUCGUCUUCCUCUUCCCAACCAUCACAAUCUCAGCAACUGUCCUCUAUGACAUUCUCUCGCCCCAGACCUACCUCGAUCCUCCUCCCACCUUCCCGAUCGACUUCUCGUCCUACUUCAUUCUCAGCUGGACCUACUCAGAGACGUCAAUCCCGUAUCCACUACAUCCGACAUGUUGACCCUGACCCCAAUGUACCGAUACCGAAAACAGCACCGGUAUAUACAACAGAUCCCGCAUGGAAUAUGGCCUUCGUUCACUCCAGAGGAUCUUUAUCCCCGGUUCCCAAGCCAAACUUGGAGCGAGACUCGAACUCUUCCGCUGGGAGACGGUUUGAUGAGCAAAAAGCGGCUGUGGGCGGGUCUGAGUUUUCGGGGAAACAACAAGAAGAGUCGGGCUCCGGUUCGACGUCUUCCAGAAUCCCAUAUACUCAACGAUCCCAUCUCCGUCACACCUGGGGAGAGGACAUGGACGUUCGACACCAUACAUUGCCGCCGCCACCACCACCUAUACGCAUCCCAACGCCGUCACAACGCUCCCAGUCCCAGCGAUCGUCUCUGUCCCAGUCUGUUAGCGCAGAGUCUCCGGCUAUUCGAAGUAAAUCGUCUAGGACGUCCCCGCUCGCCGAGUCCCUUCAACACCAUCCACCCGUCCCUUCCUCUGCGUCGUCAGUCAAACGACCUCCAACGUUGUUAUUCGCUAUUGCAAGUGACGAUCCUGCAGAGGUAGAGAAAGUUUUGGAGGAGGCAGAGGCUUCAGCCGCUUCGUCUUUACAUUCCACUUCCAAUACUAAUGCGAACGGCAACACUCCAAACGCCGAACCACCUCUUACCUCUUCAACAAUCGCUCCAAAUCCAGUUCAUGCCAAUGACACCGUCGGUCCACAAUCUCAAUCAGCUUUAGAAUUCGUGUUGACGAAUGAUGGGUUACGAAACAAGUUGGAUAUUGUCAAAGUUUUGCUUGGGUAUGGAGCUGAUCCUCUUAAGGCUGGUUUUGGAGGUUCUUCAGAGGCAGGGAAUACAAAUACGAAUGAAACGGCUGAAACAGAUUCGAUGAUGAAGAAAGUCAAGUCAAAGAUUGAUGGUUUAGAUGAGGCUUCGAGAUACUACCUGUCCCGAGCAACGUCCACGAUGGCCCGUAAAACCGCUGCACUCUUAAAGCGUUCUACAUUCCGGCCUUUACAACGAAUGAGGUACGGCAUUGUAGGGCAAGAUCGAGCGCUGGAACAGCUGUUCCGUGUUUUAAGUAUGCAUUCGUAUCCGGGAGCGAAGAUGGGUCGACAGCAGCAGCCGGUGGUCGUCUUUCUUUGUGGCCCCAGUGGACAUGGAAAGAGUUUGUUGGCACAUCAAUUCGGUUCCCUGUUGGACGUUCCCAUUCAUACCGUGAACAUGACCACACUACGAUCGGCGGACGAGCUAUGGAAGUCCUAUUCAAUCAGUUCUAGUGAGGACACCGUUCCAUGCACCUUGGUCGAGUUCCUCGCGAAUAAUGAGGGUAAGCGAUGCGUUGUUGUGCUUGAUGAAAUCGAGAAAACGGAGGACGCAAGAGCUCUCUGGUCCCUACUUGUUCCGUGGGAGCUGGGACGCUGCACCUUUGAAGCCAACUCUCGGACGAUCGACGUCCGAAAUGUGAUUUGGGUCGGUACCUCCAACAUCGGGCAAGACAUCAUCUUCUCAUUUCACGAAUCCCGUUCUCGAUCGAACGACAUCUACACUCGUGAGGAAUACGUGGAACUCAUGGGUAUCCUCCGACCUCGCGUUUCUGAUCAACUUGGUGCCUCCAUAUUAUCAAGAGUUUCGGCUAUUCUACCCUUCGUACCCUUCACGGAACACGAACGUCGAGUUAUCGCCGCUGAAUUUGUGAUACAAAGUGUAAAUGAGUCGGAGUUGGUGAAGGAGUUGGUGUUCAGUCAGAACGAUAAGGAGAUGGAGAGGAGGUGGAGGGAAAAGAUUAUUCAGGGGGCGAUGGAUGAUUUUAUUUUAUCAGAGGGAGCUAGGUCGUUGUAUAGAGCGGUGUCGAGUCAUUUGGUGGAUUCUCUAGAUGAGUUGUAGCAUGGCUCUACUUGAAUAGAAUCCCCUGCACUCC